AUUUAAUAUGGCGGGGGUAUGGCAGCAGACUCUGCAUUCUUGACCUGAGAACUCUGAAGCCCGCCGUGCAGGAACUCGUCUUCUCAACCCAGCAUUUCUCAUGCAAGAAGCUCGCUUGCUCUUUCCUGUUGUAUGUAGCCUCUGUUCGCUGGGAGCAAGGGGUUUUGCUCUUAGCAUUUUAAGGUGCCUGAGUUAGGCUUUCGGUCAAGUUGUGAGCUGCUCUCAGAUCUUGAGGAAGUUAUACACUUUUUUUUUGUGAGGUUGCUGAGUUGAAGCUGCAUGUUGGUUGCAUCCCCUUGCUUCCAGUUGCUCGUUCCGCAGGAGGCUUCAGGGCAACCGCUUUUCAAGUAUAUUUAGAAGAAGUUCAGUCGGCAAUAUGGAGGGAUGCUUGCGAGGAGCUCGGCCUUGUUUCUCUGAGCCCGACGUCCAAUCCUGAUAGCAGUGGAUUCUGGAGCUGAACUGCGCCCAUCUGUAACCCCUCACUCUUUCUUAGAUUCCCUAGUUGCGGGGUACAAUGCUGCGCAUCCUGAAAAAGGGCCUGGGCAAGGCAACGAAGCGGGACCCCCUCUCCGAGAAGGACCCCAAGAAGCAAGGGUCUAAAAAGCCUGCAAAUGACGCGGCUGCAGACGAGAUCUCGGCUCCAGGGCCAUGGAUGCAAGCAAUGCGUGGCCCCCUCAGUGUGGAUGAGCGACAAAGGCUGCUAGCAGAGCACAAGAAGGACAUUGCGCUGGUGGAUAUUUUGAGCAGGAUUGUGGACAGUGGUGCAGUGACGUCGGCGGCGAUUCACACGCAGCAGGGCAAGAAGGGGCGGAAUCAGGAUGCAAUGAUCGUGUGGGAGGAGUUUCUCAACCAGGAGCACACCACUUUCGCCGGCGUCUUUGACGGUCACGGCCCCUUUGGCCACCUCGUCGCAAAGCGCGUGCGCGACACUCUCCCCUCCCUCCUCUCCGACUACCUAGUCACAAUCCUAGACAAGGGGGACAAAGAGAAUUCCCCGCUCCCCCCCGAAGAGCUUGAGCCGCUCGAGCUGACGCACCUGAAGGGCGCGUUCAAGGGCGCGUUCCUGGAGAUGGACUCCGAGCUACGGAACCAUCCGACGAUCGACUCCUUCUGCAGCGGAACCACGGCCAUCUGCGCCUUGCGGCAUCACAAUCACCUGUUUGUCUCCAACCUGGGCGAUUCGCGGCUAAUCUUGGGCAGCCAAGGGCCUGACGGGAAGAUUAUUGCGACGCAGCUGUCAGUGGAUCUGAAACCCGACCUACCAGACGAGAAACGUCGAAUCCGCGCAUCCAAGGGCCGCGUCUUUGCGCUUCCGGACGAGCCUGACGUGACACGUGUCUGGCUGCCGCACGAGGACACUCCGGGGCUCGCCAUGGCACGUGCCUUCGGCGACCUGUGCCUCAAGGACUACGGCAUCAUCUCGGCGCCUGACGUCACGCACUAUAAGCUGACGGACCAGGACAAGUUCAUAGUUCUGGCGUCCGACGGGGUGUGGGACGUGUUGGAGAACCAGGAGGUGAUACAGCUGGUCGCCUCGCUGGCCGCCCGCAAGGACGCCGCCAACCGCGUCAUCCAGACCGCGGUGCGCACCUGGCGGGAAAAGUACCCGUUCUCCAAGACCGACGACUGCGCGUGCGUGGUCCUCUUCUUGGACGGGGGCAUCGAUGUCGAGGGCCCGCUCGUAAAAGUCGCAGCGGCGCAAGCAAAGCUGGGGGCGCCCAGCGCGCAAGCGAAGGUUGGGGCGCCCAACACGCAAGCAAAGGUGGGGUCACCUAACGGGGUGGGGGAACGUGGGCCGUCGUUAGCGGAAAUGGGCCUGCUGGGGAAGAAGGCGGAAAAGGGGGAGAAGGGGGAGAAAGUUGGGGGAGAAAAGUCACCCCCGAAGGAGUUGCCGGAGGAGAGUUUGAUAGCGCGGGCGGACAGCGUUGUGAAUCUGUCGGCGGUGGUGCGGGCGAUGGAUGACGAAGCCCCUGCGGACGAGGACGGCGGGAGCGCUCUCGUGGCGCGGGCCGACUCGGUCACCACUAUCACUAGGAAAUUGUGAUAGAGGUGACGAAGUUGUGAGGGGCGGAAAGCGGAUUGUUCGCUGCAAUCAAGCCAUGAUUGCCCAGUGAGCGCACUCGAGAGGCAACGCAGGUCCAAGCGGGCGCUUCGCAUCAAUAAACGUUGCAAAUGCAGAUUUAUGUUCGACCAGAGUUGUGGCAGAACGUCAGUUGUAAAUUUACACGCGUUGCUUCAAGACAAAUAUGUUAAGUACGGUACAGGUCUGCUAGGUUCGUCGGAUUUACAAGUGACUCCAGUCUUUUGACGUUCAUACAAACUCAAGCUUUACAAGGAAGAGACACGUAUACUUGAUGCAACUCACUAGCCGCGCGUCUCAGUCUCACACUGUGACAACCCUGCACGGUUUCUUGACGCGCAUGCAUUGUUACA